AUGGAGGAACUCAACAGCGAUGGCUUAGAAACGUCCUCAACAAGACAAAGAAAGGAUCCGUCUCUUGAAUCCAAAACUGAACGUUUAAAGCCUCCUCACUCAUAUAUAGCGCUCAUCGCAACCGCGAUUUUAAACUCGCCAGGAAAGAGACUGACACUUACGGAGAUCAACGAGUAUUUGGUUCAGCACUAUGCCUUUUUUCGAGGCCCGUACCAGGGAUGGAAAAAUUCCGUGCGGCAUAACUUGUCGUUCAACAAGUGUUUUGUUAAGAUUCUGCGCGACCCCGCGCGUCCUUGGGGCAAGGAUAAUUACUGGACAGUUAGUUCUCUGCACGAUUAUCUCUUAGCUGAUGGGACUUUCAGGAGAAGAAGAAGAAGAAAACCCAAAAGAAGAGAUGAAAGAAAUGAGUUAGGCCACAACAUUCUAGCAGGGCAGAUUUCCCCGCGAAACGAUGUGAGAGAGUUUGGGAUGCACGAUAUGCAAGGAAACAUUCUAAUGAUGCCCACUCCUUUUGAAGCCGUGAGAGCGCACUCUGGCGUCGUACAUGGUUUGCACAGUCCUGCUGCUCCCAAACAGUUCCAAGGAUCGUUCUCUAUUGACAGCAUUUUAGCAGAUGAAAAGACGAGGGCAAAGGACAGAGCGCGCGCGAGAAGAACGAGUGAAACAUUUCCUGUUACAAGUGUGCUUAAUCCAAACAUUGGUAAGUUGAAUAGUGAAUUGAAAUUUCCGGUGUUUCGUUUUGAGUUUACUUUUUCCGGGAGUGGGCUCAGUCAUUUGUGCGAGCAUAAGUGUUAUGUUGAUUGUGAAAUUGUUUCCAAACCCGUCUAAACCAAAUGCGCGUUUCAUCAUUCGGUCAUAAGGGGAACAUCACAAAGAAUCUCACUAGGUAAACAGUCUUCAUUUAUCGUAAACUUGUUCAAAUCACAAGGCAGUUUAAUUCAUUAACAAGGCAAUAUUUCUGCAAUUAUUACAUAUUUCAAAUCAGAGCACACUUUUUUUAGUGGCCAAGUUCAGUGAAGAUAAGAUACCCGGCGAAGUGGUAAAGUGUAGGUGGAGGAUUUGCGCUCUCGGCUGUUCGUAUAGUGAACAUACAAUUUUUAGCGACGUGUAAAAAAAAUAAUUCGAAUAAAAUUCAAACACACUUGACCCUAUUUAAUAGUCUUUUUCCGUAUGUAAACUCGAGUGAAGAUUUACAUGUUGUUGGUAAUUCAUAGAAAGUCCAACAGUUUACAUCUCAAGAAAAAUUAUUUUGCGCGCACUUCUAGCACAAAGUGGCAUCGCUUGCCGAAAAGCUCUAAUUUCAGACGUAGUUUUGACGUAUAUUUCCCGUACCGUAUUGUAUCAAUAUCCAACGUGUUAAAUGCUAUUUUGUAAACUGUGGCCUCUUUUCCAUUCCUGUGGCACACGCCUUACUGAAAGAUGCAUACUGAACAGUAUUAACCUCUGAAUAGAAUGGGCGUUCUCGAAACCAAGGACUUAAAGGAAACGGGAGCCAACAAUUCUGGAAAUUUUAUUUACACAAUUAUAUUCAUCCAAUAUGUUUGUAAUUUGCGGCCACAGAACAGUUAAAUAACCUUUUUUCAUGAAUAGUGUGAUUGCACUAAACUGAGUUUGCUAAAAAGUAGUUGAUUAACCACGCUGAACGUGAGUCGUGGCAAGUUCCCAGUGGUAGUUCUCCUAGUACAUUCUAUCAACUACAAUCAAGACCCUCCCGGUCUGUAUAAAUGUUUUAAAGUAAUCUUUUUUUGGCAUGGGUUCUGUGUAAGAACAAAAAUCAUCUUAAGAAUAAUAGGCGCAAACAGUGGCCAAAAUGAUACAAAAUAAAAUAAAAUAAGUAGUUGAAGCAAAAUAAAACAGGCCAGUUCUAUGUUCGGGUAUGCCGAGAUGGUAAGCUGGACAAAAUCAAUGUACAAAAUUAGACUUUUGUUAGAAAACAAGUCUUGGAGAUCAAAAGGAAGAAUAACAACCAUCUUCAACCAUCAUCUAAUUUUCAGUUUUUUUAAAAAAACAGUUUCCAAGAACAAAGCUAAAACUGAUUUGACCUUCGUACAAUACUUAUUAUGUCGUAAGAGGUUUCAUAUAUAGUCAACUCGCAACUGUGCUUUGAAGUAAACCAACUGAAGUCAAACCGCAAUAACAAAAACACUAACACAGGGGCACCCAACGACAAUUUUCGGAAAAAUAUCUGUUCGGAAGACGAUUUGAGAUCUAGAAUUUUCGGAACAUUUGUUGUAAAAUUACUUGCUUGCCUGCCUCUCCUAGGAUUUUCGAACAUCUAAAAAAUGGUAAAAUUGCCCAUUUUCAACGGAUUUUUACCCUAAAAAGGUCACCUAGAAUUUUCGGGAGCCUUUUUUUCUGGCUGAAAUUUUCGAACAGGUAAGUUUUGAUCCCUAUAAUUUUCGGAUCACUAGACUUUCAGCUAGGAAAUCCGAACAGAUGAAAAAUUUAUAGGGGAUAAAAAUAUGCCCAUAUUCACCGUUUAAAUACUAAAACACGUUUAACAAUGCUAUGUUUAAGUGGUUUUAAACUAUAUUCUCGUUGGGUGCCCCUGACUAACAGAUAUCUAUGAAACUAAUUUUGAUGAAAAGUUACAUGGCUUCCGAACUGUGGUCCUUAAAUCGUUUUUCUAGCAAAACACGUAAGUUUAGAGUUUCAUAGUGGCGGUAUACGUAGGGGAACAAGGGUGAAGUGGAAUAGUCAGCCUAGAUCGGAUGUGAAUGAAAUGUUUACGCAUCGAAUCUCAAACUUUAAACCUUAAAAUAAACUGAAUUCUCUUGAUUUGAUGACUGAACGCUCACAGCAGGGUCGCCAAGAGAAAAAUGUGCGGAAGGGAUCAUUCAUAAAUUCCAUCUAGGUCAAAAAUCGUGAUUGCGUCCAGCAUGCAAAAAAAGAACCUAUUGUGCACCUUUGCAGGAUUAACAUGUCGGCAGCAAGACCAAGAACAGUUUGUUUUAGAAAGGCCAUUAGUUUGCCAUAAUGUGGGUCUUUUUCUGCAUCCUUCAGUUAUACUAUACUAUUAUUUCUUACUUGCUACCUAACUUUAUUAUUGUAAUUUGUGGAUUGUCCAUGCAAAUUUUGCGAUGAUCAGAUCAGGAAAAAGGACCCGGCCUGAUCGCAGAUCGUCGUAGAUCUGAUCUAAAACCCAGGUUGAUGAUGAAAAGAAGAAUUUAGAUAAACGUUGGUUACCAUCUUAUUAUAAUUUAUCAGGCGUUUUCAGCGAAUUCUCGAGUUGUAUUUUCCUUAGUUGUUUAUUUCCUUAGUUUUGCUAGUUGUCUUUAAAUAAAUGUUUCGUUAUAUAGCAAAUGAUACCGAAUAACUGAAGCCUGUCUGUCUAGGUUGUUGAGAUGAUGAAAGCGGGAUCGAAACGCAUAAAAAAAAAACAAUACUUAAGCAUACGCAUGAAAGAGUGUGACUUGCAAUGAAUAGGUGGAUCAAUCACUCUCACAGAACCGAAUAGGAUCGUGGCUCAGAGAAACAGUUAAACGUACUUAAAUUGGUUCUGGACCAUCAGAGUUAAAACGUGCCUAGUACGAUCGACCCUCCACCAACAGCCACCUUUCUACAACGACCACUUUUUUUUGUCCUGGUGGACAAAGAACCCAUACAUUGAUUCUUGUUUAAACCUCUCUAAACGUCGGCCACCUAUUUACAACGGCCACUUUCCUCUGUCCCCAAGGUAGCCGUUGGAGAGUUCAGCUGUAGUUGAAAUUACUAUUUCUUUGGCAACUCAAAAGAGAGCUUUUUCAAAGUUAUGCCUUUCCGUACUGUUGAUCUGUCUUUUCAUUGAAAUCUGGCAAAUUUUGGGUGGUGAAUUAUUGUUUUAGUAGGGAAAUUUGAAGGCUCGACGUACGAACUAUGCAUCAACACGAAAAAGCGAUGACAAGGCUGAGUUGUUCAGUUUAAUAAACGCCGGGAAAAAAAAUUAUUCAAGUUGAAAAAAUUAAUCAUGGCACUGUCACCAACUCGAGGACGACGAUUAAAGCAAUCAGCGCAAUCGUAGCCCUUGUCGACUAAAGACACUAAACGGUCUUGUCCAAGCUUGUUCUUGAGUUCAGGCCAGCUAAUAAAUCAUAGUAGUAAGACCACUUAACACUUCCUUCGUUGGUUUGACACUGAGGCAAAUCCGACGUACGCCGUUACGCAGCAGAACUUCUGCCCUCAUUUUAUUUUUUGCGCUGAGAUAAGUGAAGUACAAUCUGAUGAGAUAUAUCUUUGUUUUUAAAGAGGUUAGAAAAUUUUCUUUUAGGAGAAGACUGGGUGUGACUGUUCUUAAGAAAAGCUGGUAACUUAAGCAGGACUGAUCAUUUUUCUUUCUUUCUCAACAGGAUCGUUCUCAGCGUCUAGAAAUGUUGUGCACUACUGUCGCGGCCCUACUCAUCAAGAACCAUCUCUUCACUAUCAGAGAUCUGAACAUUUAUGCACGCCGGUGAGUCCCAACGCUUUUACAAGUGGAUGCGGUGGUGCCGCAGAGAUGUGGACUUCAUUUACAUGCCAGUGCUAUCAUUCCUGCGCUGCCUCAACGCAUUUUCACGCUUGUUACUGA